GAUGGCGACGUGCGACAUCGCCCUUGAGCGGGUGCACGCACUCUUGAAGAUCGAUGCGGGCUCCGGAUCCCUGUACAACCACAUAGUGAAGCUGGCGCGCACUCUCGCGCAAGAGAAGCCCGAGGAUGCCCUGGCACAGGUGGAGGCCUUGAGCCGCCGACUGAAGGAGGCCAGCUUCCGGGGAGCCGAAGCGCCGGAGGCACCCGAGCCUGGCCUGGCGGAAGUCGCCGCAGAAGAGGACCGGAAGACAUGCGCCAAGGGCUACCUCGAACUCGUUAGAUCCCCGAGCGACAUCACGGCGGCUCCGCGUACUCUAGGCUUCGUGCAGAACUUCCUCGAGGAUGCCGCCAUGUUCGAGUGGGCUGGCGUCGGCUUCGGCAAGCAAGAGUCCUACCACAUGGCCAUGUCUUUGCGCGCUUUAGCUGCCAACACGCCUGGCCUCGAAUCCCUGCGCCUCUGGGGCAAGGUGCUGGGAACCGAGGGCGACUAUUACAUCGCAGAGAGCACCUUCCAGGGAGCGGGCGUCCCUGCCCCGAUGAUGCCCGAGGACGACGUGGAGCCUCGUGGACAAGGCUCGAACCGUUGCAUCUAUUGGGUGAAGAGUGGGCAGUUCGAUCCCUGGGUACGGCUCCCCCACGCCCGUGCCAGCCAGAUCAAAGCAGCCCGACACAUGAAGCGCAUGAUGUCCGGGGAUUUGGCGGCAUCCGUGGUCUCCACUCCGUGGUUCCCAGGACGCGAGGAGCACCUCCUAAGAGCUCAGAUCGCACGCAUCACGUCCACGUGCCUGCUGGCUCCGAAGAACUACUUCGAGGUUGACGAGGAGGCUCCAGUGAAAAAUACGCUGCGGGUCGCAGAGGCGGCGAUGGACGCGUUCACCGAGGAGUUGGCGACGCAGGCGGGCUGGUGCCAUGCCGCCCCCUUCCUUCUCUCCACCGGGAAGAGCUCAUGGCCGGACACGGAAGCUUUGGAGGGAAAGCUGACGGAAGACCAGGUGACGGAGAUCCAGGCGCAGGCGGAGGCCGAGCCCGAGAAGGCACUUCUCGAGGGCAUCGAGGCUGAUUUGGAGGAGUUGAAGCCCGAGGAAGCCGAGGGAUCCCCGGCGUGGAGUGUGAAGAGGUACGGUGACGAGGGAGUGUACACUGCAGGGGACGGCACGAAGUCCCUGCGAGUCACUGCCCUGCGAUCCCUGAUUUGGCCAGGUGCAAUUACCGUGGUCAAAGGAUCCAAGUAUGCGAACCUCUAUGUGGGUUCGGCAAUGAAGUGUGGUACCAUGGUUGGGCCGGACAAGGAAACAGGGCUUCCCCUUCGUGGCACGAACCCAUUGAUGCCAUUGGCGCCCGACGACAUCAUGGAUGAGCCUGCCGACUUCGAAGAGCACGAUGAGCCCAACCCCAUCCAGGACGAGGCCGAGAGUGACAAGGGCGAGGUGGAUGAGGAAGAGGGCGAGUGA